AUGAUCCGUGCAUUAAAAUCCAAUACACUUAGACAGAGUCUGCGCGCUGGCGCCCGCAAAUCCAUGCCCUCCGCCACUGCCUCUCGUACCCUCACCACUGGUCGCUUUGCUUCUGUCCAGUUGGCCGGUGCUACCAAAUCUGCAUCAUGGGCAUUGCCCAAAUCGAGUCCUGCCCGUCUUAUGAUGGUCCGUGGUUACGCCGAUGUUGUCAAGGUGCCUGAUAUGGCAGAAUCCAUCACCGAGGGUACUCUUCGUGAGUUCACCAAGGAGAUUGGUGAUUUCGUCGAAGUCGACGAGGAAAUUGCCAGCAUCGAGACCGACAAGAUCGAUGUUGCUGUUAAUGCUCCUUUCUCCGGUACCAUCACCGAGUUCCUGGCCCAGCCUGAGGACACUGUCGAGGUCGGUCAGCCGUUGUUGAAGAUUGAGAAGGGCGAUGCUCCUGCUGGCGGUGCCAAGAAGGAGGCUUCCAAGGAAGAGGCGCCCAAGGAGGAAGCCCCCAAGAAGGAGGAAGCUGCCCCCAAGGAGGAGGAGCCUGCUCCCAAGAAGGAGGCCGCACCCAAGAAGGAGGCUGCGCCCAAGAAGGAAGCCCCUAAGGAGGAAUCCGCUAAGCCCGCUUCUGGCUCUUUCUCCCGUGAUGAGAACAUUGUCAAGAUGAACCGCAUGCGUUUGCGUAUUGCUGAGCGUCUCAAGGAGUCUCAGAACACCGCCGCCGCACUGACCACUUUCAACGAGGUUGAUAUGUCUGCGGUCAUGCAGAUGCGCAAGCUUUACAAGGACGACAUUAUCAAGAAGACUGGCGUCAAAAUCGGUUUCAUGGGUCUCUUUGCCAAGGCCUCUACUCUUGCCAUGCGUGAUAUCCCCACCGUCAAUGCUUCCAUCGAGGGCACCAACAUGAUCUACCGUGAUUACGUCGAUAUCUCGGUUGCUGUUGCCACCCCCAAGGGUCUUGUCACUCCUGUGAUCCGCAACGCCGAGUCUCUUGACGUUGUUGGCCUCGAGCGCGAAAUCGCCGCUCUGGGUGCUCGCGCCCGCGAUGGUAAACUCGGUCUCGAAGACAUGGCCGGCGGCACCUUCACUAUUUCCAACGGCGGUGUCUUCGGAUCUCUCAUGGGUACCCCCAUCAUUAACAUGCCCCAGUGCGCUGUCUUGGGUCUCCAUGGCGUCAAGGACCGCCCCGUCGCUGUUGACGGCAAGGUCGAGAUCCGCCCUAUGAUGUACUUGGCCCUUACCUACGACCACCGCAUUCUCGAUGGCCGUGAGGCCGUCACGUUCUUGCGUCUGGUCAAGGAGUACAUUGAGGACCCUCGCAAGAUGUUGUUGGCUUGA